AUGUUUCGCGAUAAUAAUAAAAAAAAAUGUAUAAAACUUAAAGAAGAAAAAAAAUAUAAUAAUAACAAGCCAAAGGAACCAAAGGAAAAUAAUAACAUUGAGAAAUCAAAUACAAAUUUAAUAAAAAAUAAUGAAAACAAAACUAAUUGUUCUGAACUUAAUACUAAUGGCAUAGAUAAAGAAAUAUUACUUAAAUGUGAAGAGUUACAAAAACAAGAACUUGAAGCAUUAAAAUUAAUAUAUGUAAGAGACAGAGAAUUAAUUAUAAAAAAUGAACAAAAUAAAGAACGUGAUACAACAAUAUAUAUGGAAUUAAAUGAUGAAAAUGAUUAUUGUAAUAAUAUUAUAAAUAUAACAAUUGAAUUGCCUAAAGAUUAUCCACUAAAAUCUUUUAUUAUAAUAAAUAUAAAUGUUAAAAAUUUUACUGCUGAUAUGAAUGAUUAUAUUAAUCAAGAAAUAUACAAAGAUAUACAAAAUUAUUUAGAACAAGAAUGUAUAAUAUUGAAUGUUAUAUAUAAAAUAAAUGAGUUAGUUGAAAAAUUGAAAAAUAAUAAAGAUACUUUAUCAGAAAAAAAUAAUUAUUCUACUUAUUCAUCUUCUGAAGAUGAUAAAAUAAAUGAAAAAUAUUUAAAUAAUAAUAUAGACACACAAAAUUCAAAUUCAGACAUAAAAAAUAGUCAAAAUAUUUCAUUUUUAUAUUAUAAUAAAAUGAGUUUUGGAAAAAGAAUAUUAUCUAGACGCUUAUGUUAUUCCCAUCAUAUUUUAAGUCAAGUAAAAAGAGCAUGCAUAAUUAAAUGGGCCAGAGAAUUAAAGAUUGGGGGAUAUUCAAAAAUAGGUUACCCAGGAAUUAUUAUUUGUGAAGGUCCUAAAGAAGAAGUAGACUUUUAUGUUAAUAGUUUAAAUAAAUUGAGAUGGAAGCAUUUUGAUUGUCGAGGAAUGGAGGAUAUUGUAUUAAAUGAAUAUGAACAUUUAGAUGAUAUGCGAGUUCUUCCUAAAAAUAUGAAUGAACUAGAUCCAAAAUCUAUGAGCACAUUAUCUAAUAUUUGUUCUGAAUGUGGAUUGAGGGAUCUAUUUUUGACUAGUAUGAAAAUUUAUGGUUAUCGUAAUAAUGAAUUAUCUAAUAAGCAAAAGACAUUAACAGAAAAAGAUAAAAGUGAUAACCAUAAAAAGAAAAAAAAAAAAAAAUAA